AUGCGUGUUCCAAUUUGUUCCAAAAUAUUUGUUAAUAUAUUUCAAAUGUUACAUUACAUGUUUGCCACUCAUACACAGUUUUUAUUAUUAUUGUUAUUAUUAUUAUUAUUAUUAUUAUUAUUAUUAGCACCUGGCAGGGAGACGAAGGAAAGGGAGAAGAUGCUGCAGAACAAACUAGCAGAGUUGAACACACAGCUGCAGCGGCUGGAGAAAUGUAUGUCCAUGCUGAAGGCAGAGAACGAUGUUUUGAGAAAGAAACAAAGCGAUCAGAGACUUUUAGAGCAGAAAGUCCGAAUGUUAAGGAAACGCAACGCCAACCUGGCCGCCAUCAACAGACGACUAGAAGAACGGGUCAGGUGGUUACAAGAUAGGGAAUCCCGGAAAGCCCUCCAGAUUGAGGAGAACCAGGAGUUGGUGCACAUCAUCAAGGUGGCUGCCAAGGAGAGGCUGCAGCUGGAGCAUGAGCUGGCACACAGCAGGAUGAAGAUGGUAAGACACGCUGCAGUGUUAAUAUCUAAGAUAGGCAGCCACGGUGGACUGCUUCUCUGUUUGAUGUCUUUUAUUGAAUCUCCGUCCACAUUUGCUGAAAUAGUUACCAGGAAAUGUUAG